GGCGUCCUGCCACAGGUCCACAGUGUCCCUGCCACAGGCUCUCCAUCGAGGACCAUGGCGAGGCUGAGCUGGGGGUACGGCGAGCACAACGGUCCUGUUCACUGGAAUGAAUUGUUCCCUAUUGCUGAUGGUGAUCAGCAGUCUCCAAUUGAGAUUAAAACCAAAGAAGUGAAAUACGACUCCUCACUCCGACCUCUCAGUAUCAAGUAUGAUCCUGCCUCAGCUAAAAUCAUCAGCAAUAGUGGCCAUUCCUUCAACGUUGACUUUGACGACACGGAGGACAAAUCAGUUCUGCGUGGAGGUCCUCUCACUGGGAACUACAGGUUGCGGCAGUUCCAUCUGCACUGGGGGUCAGCAGAUGAUCAUGGCUCUGAGCAUGUGGUAGACGGAGUGAGGUAUGCUGCAGAGCUCCAUGUUGUCCACUGGAAUUCAGACAAAUACCCGAGCUUUGUAGAGGCAGCUCAUGAGUCGGAUGGGCUGGCUGUCCUGGGAGUAUUUCUACAGAUUGGGGAACACAAUCCUCAACUGCAAAAGAUCACGGACAUUUUGGAUUCCAUAAAGGAAAAGGGUAAACAAACACGGUUCACAAAUUUUGACCCACUAUGUUUGCUUCCAUCAUCUUGGGACUACUGGACAUACCCUGGUUCUCUGACGGUUCCACCUCUUCUUGAGAGUGUCACGUGGAUUGUUUUAAAACAACCUAUAAGUAUCAGCUCUCAACAGCUGGCCAGAUUCCGAAGCCUCUUGUGCACAGCUGAGGGAGAGAGUGCGGCUUUUCUGUUAAGCAAUCACCGUCCACCACAGCCCUUGAAGGGCCGCAGAGUGAGAGCAUCUUUCUAUUAGCAGUCACCAGUGGGCCAACGCAAUUGGAACAUGGAGAUAGCAAAUACACCGGAACUCAGACAUUCCAAUAAUGGUUUUCUGAGAAUUUCAUGUUUGUGGAUUCCACUUGUCCAGCACCUCUGGCACCACAGAGAAAACCAGAAGUCUGAAAUAACUUAGCCCAUCACUCCUAGAUUUGCCCCAAUGUAUGUCCAAUUGCUAAAUAUGGGAUGUAAUUAAAAUCACAAAGUAUACCUGCUUCAGCCUUCCUGACAAUAAUGUCAGCCUUACAAACCUCAGACUGUACUAAACUUUAUUGUGGGCUUCGGUUGAGCCUAUCCCAUUCUAAAUAGUGUUUGAUAAAAACUUUAAAUUCACUUUCAGCUGGUAUUAUUCCUAAACAAGCAGUUCUUACAGUCUUGAUAUUUUUCUGAUUAAUCAAGAGUAUAUAUUUCCUUUAAUACAUUUUCUCAGAUUCUCAUUUAUGUACUGUAAUAUAGCAUAUAAGACAAAGCACACCCAGAUUAGGGUAGAGUAAGGUGGCUACUCCUGUGAUUAAAGUAACCUACAGUUUUAGUGAAGAACUCCUCAGGCUAAGAACAGCUUUUUAAGACACUAUUCCAUGUAAUAUACUCACCCAAGGAUGUUAAUGACUACCAGGGUGAUGACAUAGUGUGUGGCUCAUGAUAUUAACGUGAUUCAGACCAGCAAUGUAUACGAUACCACUGCAGCAGAACUGCCCAGAGCUGGUGAACAGGUUCCUACAUUUGCCCUGGGUUAUAACAGAGUGGGACACUAUCCUAUAUCUGUUGUUUUUUCUGUCACCCAUUACAAAGAUGAACCAAGUCGUGCA